GAGAGCCAAUAGACAGCCACAGUAAGGUGUCUGGUUACUUCCAGUCAGCCCACGCGCAAAGGGAGGGGCUGUUCCACUCCUCAGCGGUAAUGGUAACUUGGCUUCUCUGGUGGUGAGAGCAGUACUGUUUAGUGGCCAACAAGCGCAGCUUCUGAGGAGUUUCAGAAGAACAGUUUUACUUUUUUUUUUCUUUUUUCAUUCGCUGUGGCCAGCUUCAGUGGAAGUGGAUUUUUAUAGGUGACUGCUCCGCGGAAAGGUAAACCUGUUGCCUCUCCGCCUGCCUGCCUGCCUCGCCGACAGUUACGAUCCAAGAUGUUGCUUUGUGGAUGGGAUGGCGUCUGGUGCCGUUUGUAUGCCCACUCAUAACCUCGUCCGAGCACCAACAUUUCCCUCACAGCUGAUUUUGUAGCUCGUCUCGGCCGGGAACAUGCAUGUGUCUCUGGCAGAAGCCUUGGAGGUUCGAGGAGGUCCUCUCCAGGAAGAGGAGGUCUGGGCAGUGCUGAGUCAGAGUGCAGAGAGCCUCCAAGAACUUUUUCACAAAGACCCUUCAGCCAUGGGCUUCAUUAUAUCUCCCUGGUCCCUCCUGCUCAUGCCAUCUGGCAACAUCUCAUUCACAGACGAGUAUGUCACCCAGCAGGACUUAAGGGCCUUCACAGCACCAGAGGUCCUGAAGGGGAACUCCUUGACUUCUGUUUCUGACAUAGAAAAGAUGCACAUGUACUCUCUGGGGAUGACCUUAUUCUGGGGGGCGGACUAUGAGAUCCCCCAUAGUCAGCCUAUGGAGCUGGGAGAACACAUAAACAGUUUACUGCUCAACAUGUGUGAUGACAUUACAUUGAGUCGAAUAUCACUGCGCACAGUCCUGGACAUCUCCAGCAAACACAUCCGAAACUCCAGCUGUGACCCUCCUUUCAGUUAUAUCAGAAGACUCGUCAGGACAGUGCUGGGCAGCCUUUCUCAGCUGGACGGUUUGCUGACUGACAGAGAAUCUCUUCCGGAGCGGAGCAAAGAGAUUCGGGAGAGGCUGAGGGGCAAAGGGUUGCCCUCAGGGAGGAGUGCUGCCCCUCGGGUUCUGGAGCGCUACAGAGCGAAGACUCAGGAACAAACCUCUCUAAACCGAGGCCUUAGUCGUUCCAUGGGCUCACUGCCAAUCCAGGAUCUUUUGAAGGGGGAUGAUGGGGCAGCUUUACAGUAUUCCCUGUCUGAUUAUCACACCAAUUCUGACUUACCCAGUGAACUCUACCCAAAGCCCCCCUCGCUCCAUUCCCAGCGUUCUUAUCCCUAUCUGCACCCCUUUCACCCCCAGCAAAAAGGCCGGCCUGUGGAACUGGACCGUAGAUCUCUGCCUUUCUCCAGUGGGGAACUGAAGCUAAGUCAGCCCAGGAAGACCUGGGCUUCCUCUGUGGACUUGGCUUGCAUUGACCCAGAGGCUCUUCGCUUUGGGGCUUUGGAGGAUGCAAGAAGAGGCAGUAGUGCCUUAAGUACACACUCCAGUGGCAGGCGCAAAUCACCUUUGCAAGCUUUAAGAGAAAGGGAUUCUCAAUACCUUGAGUUUGGUGGGCUGAACAGUCGGAAGCCUCAUCACCACUCAGCCUUGUCUGUAGGCUCGGGCAUCACCGGUGCCUAUGACAAGAUCAAGGAAAAACAGAGGAAACUUCAGGCGCUAAGACAAGCAGUGGAUGAUCCAGUCCACACCCACCACAGGUACCACAGUGAUUACAGUUCAUCCAGUGAAAGCCCCUCACUCGCCUCCUCUGAUCCAGAUUACAGGCAAGCUAAGAAACCUGGUGAAAUUGGCAGGUAUGGCUCCCAGCUGGCACUUCUAACCGAACAUGACGCGUUGGCGCUGGCAAGCCACAAUGCAAACAGACACAGGCAAAAUGAGGGGGGAGCUGAUGACACUCUGGUUGGAGCAGAGUUGCUGCUGCAGAGGCAGGAGGAGGAAGUGCAGCGGCUUCAGGCCCACAUGGCCCACAGGCUGUCCAGGGCCAACCUCUACCCCACAGAUGACCCCUUGGCCCUUCAAGAGUCUCUCUAUACCUCUUCUGUACCUCCACGCAAACUCAAGAACUUUCACGGACCCGAGUUUGUGAAGAUGACCAGCGAGCCCUGCGUGCCCUUAUCUGUUCCCUCGUCAAUAAUGAAACGUGGGAAGGUGGAAGAAGUGCAGAGGAAGGUGGGUGUGGUACUGCUCAAUGGCCAAAAGCUGGAGCUGAGCUGUGACAUCAAGGCAGUGUGUAAAGACGUUUUUGACAUGGUGGUUGCUCACACUGGACUUGUGGAGCAUCAUCUCUUCGGCCUCGCAUACCUCAAAGAAAAUGAGUUUUUCUUCGUUGAUCUUGAUGCCAAAUUAUCCAAAGUGGCCCCAGAGGGAUGGAAGGAGGAGUCCAAGAAAAGGAGAUCUGACAUGCUUUUUAACCUUUUUUUCCGCAUCAAAUUCUUCCUUGAAGAUAUCAACUUAAUACAGCACGCAUUGACCAAACAUCAGUACUACCUACAGCUGAGGAAGGACAUCUUGGAGGAAAGAGUGCGCUGCGGCACAGAAGAUGCCACGCUGCUGGCUUCUCUGGCAUUGCAGGCUGAAUUUGGUGACUAUCAACCUGAGGUACCCACUCAGCUACCACAAAAACGGAUGUUUGCUUCCUCAUCAACCUUAAUUUGAACCCCCCCCCAAAAAAAACUAACCCCUGGUUCUCAUUUGGAAAGUUCCUGUUUUCUAUGUUAAUUUGAUUAUUAUUUGAGUAUCUUAGUACCAUCUCUCUUGUCUUUAAAGAUGAGCCAGAAGCUGACAGAAUAUGGAGUCCACUUCCAUCGAGUGCUUCCUGAGAAGAGAUCUCAGACAGGGAUCAUGCUGGGUGUUUACUCCAAGGGGGUGCUCAUUUUUGAAGUCCUUAAUGGAAAUCGUACCCCAGUGCUAAGGUUCCCCUGGAGGGAGACAAAGAAGAUUUCCUUUGCAAAAAAGAAGAUUUGCCUUCAGAACACAUCAGAUGGCAUUAAGCACCUGUUUCAGACAGACAGCAACAAGACAUGUCAGUAUUUGCUACAGCUGUGUUCGGAUCAGCAUAAGUUCCACCUGCAGAUGAAGGCUCGCCAAAACAACCAGGAGCAGCAAGACCUAGAAAACAGUUUGCAGUACUCCCUCGACUCUCGGAGUGGAGAUGCUGUUGGUAUGAGAGCGAGUUCGGGCAGCCUGGCCCCAAGUUUAUCGACACGCUCCAACCCAGACCAACUGAAGAGAAUCUCAUACUCAGAGGCAGCCCUCAAUAAGGCACUGUCUGGCUCAGUAUUAGUCCAAGAUGAGCUUCACUUUCCAGGGUUCAAUCCAGUGGCCUCCACGGUCCUUUCCAAUCCCCGAGCAAUGAGUCGUUCCCACCACAACCUCGGGCAAAUGCCAGAGUCUCCGGAGGACAGGCUGGCAGAGUUGUAUCGUGGUCAGUCGCACAGCGGACUUAGUCAGCCACAAGCCAACCAACUGGCCUCUCACUUCCAGCAACAUCAGCGAGCCAGCUCAGACACAGACUCCAUCCUACACCAACAGGACAAAUCAUUUGGCAUACCACCCCUCAGCAGCGCAGCCUGGAGCACCAGCAUGUCCAAAAAAGAAUCUGACUCCUCUUCCAUAGAGGAUACCGGCCAAGCAUAUGUAGUAGGUGUUAGCAUGCACAAUUCCUCUGGACCACCUUCAACCCCAGCAUCUGUGACUGAUUCCCUAAAGAAAAAGGUUAAUGCGUUACCAUCUCCGGAGAGAGAGAUCACAACUGUAAACUUGAAGAAAGAUGUGAAAUACGGACUAGGGUUUCAAGUUGUAGCAGGAGAGAACUCUGGCCGCGCAGACCUUGGCACCAUCAUUAGCUCCGUCACUCCCGGUGGUCCCGCUGAUAUCAAUGGCUGCCUCAAACCCGGUGACCGGCUGAUCUCUGUAAAUGAGAAAAGCCUAGAAGGACUUUCUCACACGACCGUGGUUGAUAUACUUCAGAAUUCUCCUGAUGACGUUACUCUCGUCGUAUCACAGCCCAAAGAGAGGCUCUACAAAGAAUCUCCUGGAGGAUAUUCACCCUACCAGCACAGGUCUUCAUUUAAGUCCCUUAACUCUGCUCAGAAACAAGAACUGGACUUUGAUACCUCCUCAGAAGAGCAUGCAGGAACAAGAAGCCCCAGCCCUCCACAGCAAAGUGGUGCUGGCAUACAGUCCUCUAACUCAUCACCAGCUCAACAGCACACUGCCCUCAGUUCUCAAGACUCUAAGACGAGCAUUGUGGCUAAAACCAACCAAGCCCCUGGUGGAGUUCAGCAAUACCUAGAAAGGAGUGCUGCACCCACAGCCCAACAUCCAAAUGUAGGUCCUGAUCCUACACCACCAGCUCUACCUCCCAAAACUAGAAAAUCUAAAGUGCUGGAAGCUCCCAAAGUCUCUGAGCAUUCUGACCGGGGAGAUUCAGACAUGGACGAGGAAACUUAUUCAAGUAGUCAAGAGAAACAAAAGGUCAAAAAGGAAAACAUCAUGGAAAAUUUAAAUGGUAAUGCCUCAGGGGUCAAUAGUCUCCAUCCAGGAGAACUAUAUGACAUUGAGCUGUCCAAAAAAGACAGCAGCCUGGGCUUAAGUGUCACGGGAGGAGCUGGCACUGCUGUCCGACAUGGAGGCAUCUAUGUGAAAGGUCUUAUACCAAAAGGUGCUGCAGAGCUUGAUGGAAGGAUACAGAAAGGUGAUCGUGUGGUGGCCGUCAAUGGAAAGAGCCUGGAGGGGGCCACUCAUCAACAAGCGGUAGAGGCUCUCAGAGACACCGGACAGACAGUGCACUUGUUGCUGGAGAGGGGUCACGUACCUGCAAACAGCAUCCACGCUCCCCUCACACCUAAGAACACUCCACCAUCUGCCAGCACUGGCUACGACAGAAGUCCGACCAAGAACAAGGAGCAGACACUCGAAGCCAAAGAAAAACCAGAGUACAGCUUCAUCACACAAGAUAAUAUGUUUGAGGUGUGCCUGCUGAAAAACACAUCAGGGCUGGGUUUCAGUUUUAGCCGAGAGGAGAACAUCCCCAACGAACCCCCUGGCUCCAGCAUGGUGAGGGUUAAAAAACUGUUUCCUGGCCAGCCAGCUGCAGAAAGCGGUCGUAUCAAAGUUGGUGAUGUCAUCUUGCGUGUCAAUCAAACCCCACUCAAAGGACUCUCGCAACAUGAGGUGAUAUCCGCUCUGAGAGGAACUGGUCAAGAGGUGACUUUGCUUCUCUGUAGACCUGAACAUGGCAUUCUUCCUGAGAUGGACACUGCAGCUUUGACGCCUAAGCCAUCGCCUAGAAAGACACCAGGGACAUUUGGAGAGCCCAGCUUGAACUUAGAAAGGCUCACGUCUGCUCCAGGGAGUAAGAAACAGGGCCCUGUGGAAGACGCCCUGGAGAGGCUGCUACACAGAACCCCUGGCCGACGCAACAGCUACAGCGACAGCACCGAUGGGGAUGAGGAGGUGGAAGAAGCUUUCAGCGCAGGCUCUGUGGAGAACAGCAGGCAGAACUGGGAGCGGAGUGUUUACCAGACCUCCGGUAGCAACCCGGGACUGGGACGCUACGACAGCAGUGGUCAUCUGGAUGACAACAUGCACUCAGCUUUUUAUUCCUCAAAUCUGUCAAUGACGAGAUCAGACCUCAGCAACCGGGGACUUUCAUCCCCAGUGGGAUCUGAUCUGGAGUCAUCCACUUUUCCGAAGGUGUCCUCCCUGUCUUCCCCAAGCCCAGAUCCCCUGCCUCCUCCGCUACCUCUGCCCUUGAACCUCACUGCACCUGGCAAUGGACAGGAUGGAGAUGAAUUCAUCCCAGAAGUAGAGCUACAGGUCUCUUUGGUGAAGUCAGAAAAGGGCAGCCUUGGCUUCACCCUCACUGAAGGCAAUGAUCAUGGAUGUUACAUACAUGACAUCAUCCAGGAUCCAGCCAAAGGAGAUGGAAGGCUCAGGCCCGGGGACCGAAUGAUCACGGUGAAUAACACUGAUGUGAGCGAUAUGGGCCACACUGAGGUGGUCAAUCUUGUGCGUGCUGCCCCUCGGGUGGUUGACUUGGUGGUAGGAAGGGUCCUGGAGGUUCCUAAACCCCCCAUAGAAGCUCAUCUGCUGCCUGACAUUUACUUCAAGAUGAACCAAGAACCACUGGGUUUGGUACUGGAUGGUGGUAGUGACAGUUUGUACGGGAUCUUAUAUGUGAAAGAUAUUCUUCCGGGUUCAUUAGCCUCUAAAGAAGGAAGCUUAAUGCCACUUGACCUAAUCCACUACAUCAAUGGGGCCCCUACCCAGGACCUGACUCUCAGUGAGAGCACUAGGCUAUUGGAGCACUCCCCCAGUGAACUCACGCUAAAAGCCACAAGGGAUGGAAAGCCAGUUUGUCCUAUGCAGAAAAGUCUUUCUUUUCUCAACAACAAUGUUAGCACGACGGUUUCAUCCACCAUGAAUGGGUUCCUUAAAGGGGAAGAAUUAAGAGAUACAGAAGGUCUCGCAGCACUUUGUCCUAUAGAGGAAGAGAUCAUAAAGGUAGAUCUGGAGAAGCCGCCGUCAGGAGGUCUGGGGUUUUCCGUAAUUGGAGGGGAGAGAGGGAUCUUUGUUAAAUCCAUCACACCAGGAGGAGUAGCAGAGUCCUCAGGCAAGCUGCAAGUAGGAGACAGGCUGCUUAAAGUGAAUGAAGAGCUAAUGACAGGUGUGUCCCAUACCAAAGCUGUCACCACCAUCCGUAAAACUAAAGGCCUGGUGCAUCUUAUUGUAUCCAGACCACCAGACCAGAACCCGAACACAUACCUGGCCUCUCUACCCAUCAACUCCGACAAGUGCAAUGGAAAUACUGGUCUGAGUGGCGACAGUAGCAUGAAGACUAAACUGUGUCCUGUCAUACCGCCUAUAGACUAUGAUGAUGAACUAGGAGAGAGGAGAGAGACCGAGCAGGGCACAGAGCUUUCGGAGGACACGGACGGCGAUGGCUCUUCUUUACCAGAAGAUUCUCCUGAGAACUCCCGAAAGGUGAGAUGGAAUGAGGAAAGUGUUGACAAUCCACACAAUGAAAACUACCUGCAGAUGAGUGCUGGGCAGCCAGACGAUGAUGAAAUCACGUGGGGAAGCGAUGAACUGCCAAUUGAAAACAUGAACUCAAAGUCAAAAGAUGACGGGCCAAUCAUCACAGAGGACCAGCUGACCUCUUUGCCCCUUGUCAGAGUGGUCCCUGAAGGCCAGUACACGGGACAAAAGCUCAACAGUGUGGUUCGCAUGAUGAGGGGACUUUUGGAACAGAAAGUGCCUCUACAGGAGUUUGAAAAUCUUCAGAAUCUCCAGCCGCUGGACGACUGUUUGAUCGGUCAGACGAAGGAGAACAAGAAGAAGAACCGCUAUAAGAAUAUUGUCCCCUUUGACACAACUCGUGUUGUCCUCGGUAAAGACGGAGGCUACAUCAAUGCCAACUUCAUUAAUAUGUCGGUGAAGGACGAGAACUUCAUGUACAUUGCCUGUCAAGGACCCUUACCCACUACUCUAGGGGACUUCUGGCAGAUGGUGUGGGAGCAGAAGUCCAAUGUGAUUGCAAUGAUGACCCAGGAGGUUGAGGGGGGGAAAGUCAAAUGUCAGCGGUACUGGCCAGACACGCCGAGGACGGCAGAGAUGGUGGAUGACAGAUUACAGAUAACACUUAUCAAAGACCAGCACCUGGACAACUUCGUCAUCCGUGUCAUCGAGGUCAAAGAUGUCCAGACUAAUGAAAACCAGAUUGUUACUCAUCUAAACUACACUGGAUGGCCCGACCAUGGGACACCUUCACAACCUGAGCAGCUGCUCACGUUCAUAUCCUACAUGCGGCACGUUCAUCAGUCGGGGCCUAUAAUCACACACUGCAGUGCAGGCAUUGGUCGUUCAGGGACCCUCAUCUGCAUUGAUGUGGUUCUGGGUCUCAUCAGUAAAGAUGCAGAUUUUGAUAUUUCAGACGUUGUCAGGAACAUGAGGCUUCAGAGACAAGGAAUGGUCCAAACAGAGGAGCAGUAUAUUUUCUGCUAUCAAGUGAUCCUCUAUGUCCUCCGAUGCCUUCAAGCAGAAGAAAACAUCUCAGGAUAGUAGAAACCCUGAAUCGCUGUCAUGUGGAGGCUGGAUGACUCUUUGAUGAAAGCAAAAUAAAAAAUGAGAAUUGCCAAAUUACACUACAAGUUUUGUUUUUCUUUUGUUUUUUUUUAUUGCCUUAAUCUAUUUGAUAGCUCAAGAGUAAAUCCUUUAGAAGAAGUAUAUUUUUUACCUGUCCGCCCUCCCCUCCCCCCCUCUGGCUGCUAUUUCCUUUUAGUGCAUCUAUAAGAACUGCUGAUUGUCAUUGUAAUUAUCACGCACGAGAGUACAUUGAUGGGGGCGGGGGGGUGUUCAGAUUUUUGGAUACCCUAAAACAAUUAUAAUAUGAUCUGCGAUUUUCUAUUUUAUGUGGAACAAUAUUAUGUACUUUGAAGCCUAUUUUGAUGCUGGAACAUGCCUUGACAGAAUACUAUGUCAGUAUUUGCUAUGUAAAUCUAUUAUACAGUAAACUGCUCACUUCCUGAGGCAAAUGAUGAAAUUAAAAGUGUACAUAUUCAUCUCCUGAAAAAUUAAACUGGAUACGUUUUAAAUAACAUGUAGAGGAAUGUUUCAUUUUUGGGGGUAAAAACAUGAAAUAUUUUACUUUGCCUUUUUUUUGUCUUUCUUUUUUUUUUUAAAGUACAUAAAUCAUUUUUGCAUACUUUUGAGAAUAUUUGUCAGCCUAAAUGUGUGCAUUUUGUUCUGUCUAUAAAAAGAUGCCAUCACAUACUAAACAUCACCCGUAGAAGCAUUAACCUAACGUGACUUUUCCUUAUUUGCUUACUAAUAAACACCACUGGAGGGAGAGAUUACAGCUUGUAUAACUGUGGGUUACUAGAACGACUACAUCUGCGCUCCACACAGUUCCUGCACAAUUACGGAAUAAUAAGGAUCUUGAUGUUGAAUCUCUAUGGAGGCUAUUGACUUUUCAAGAGCUAAUUAAAGCUGUAGUUUGAGAUCAGAGAGCAGACCUCUUUAAACUGUGAUUCCAAAAUCAACCGUAUAAGUCAACAGUUCAGUGGUCUUCAACAGAGAUUACACAUUCGAGCCCUUACAUUGUGUUAACUGUCUGAUGACUCCAUUGCAAUGUUUGUCUUACAGGUUCUCAUGUAAUGUAUGCCCAUACUCUUUAUGUAGUGAUUCAUCUAAAAUGCCCUGAUUUAAUCUACUUGCCUACAUGCAGCUCAAGCAGGAGGUAUUGGAGCAGAGAUGGCUUGUCUUUUACCAGUUUUUAACCACCGUGUGGUGCCAAAAUUCAGUGUUUUAUAAUUGUAAAACAAUUCUGGAAAUAUUGCUAUGUGUUCAAACAUAUUCAUGAUUGUUUUAAAUGGCUGUUUAGUUACCCAGAUAUGCAAAAUAAAGCUUAUAUUGCCCAAUA